UCCGUGAACAAAAGGGCGUUUCAUCUAAUGGGUUGUAGAUGCUUGUAGGCGCUGCGCUUUUAUUUAUUUUAUUUUUUCUUUUUUUUUUUACUUUUUCCCCCGCGCCGGGCUGGGCCAGUCUCUGCUGCAAUACAACAAGUGCAGGAGGAAGUGCGCGCUAUGAAAGCGUCUCCACAAUAUGGAGGUUCGUUCGUUUGUAUGUAUGUAUGUAUGUUCGUUCGUCGCGGUGUAGCUCGCGCGCUGCCAUGCAGCAGAGCGGACCGCGCGUCCUGCGUGGGAGCCCCACUCCAAACGGUUAACGGAGCGUCACUUUCCGUCCCCAGUCUUCGCAGCCGGAGCCACGGACUCGGUGACGUCAGCGCCGGAACGCCGAACCAAACAAGCCGCCGUCGCGCGCGUGCCGCUCUCCCCGCUCGAGCGCGUCGCCUCGCUCACGCCUCUCGCGGCAACUUUGCUCCGAAGCCACCCGCAGAUCUCCGCCACCGGAGUUCCCGCCUGUGCUCUCGCUCCUUCUCGAAGUUAUAUUGUUUUUUUUGAGCACCGCACAGCAGGAAGAGAGCCGCCCCUGAGCUUCCAGCGAUGUCCGCGCAGCUCCGCCACGACCCGGGUUCGGAAGGGAGGCGGUUCGGGGACCAUUUCGAGGCGCUCGAGUGCUUGGGCGGCAGCCGGGCUGCAUUCGCCGGGGGAGCCGUCGUCGAACUGGACGCGGCGGGGCCACAGAGCGACGGGGACGAGUCCGCAGAACCGAGACCCUUCCUCCAUCAGCGCGAGCUCGACCAGCAGAAAGCAGGGGCCCCCGUUGCUAUGGAAACUGCAUCUACAGGUGAUCCCGACUUUGACCUCCUGCAGACAUCUGCAGACAUCAGUAACGACCUGUACACCUCCCUCCUCUCGGGUCAGAGCUACCCGUCUCGGCAGGAGGCUCCUUAUUUCUCCGGGGAGCAGAAGCGGUCGGAGCCAAAGCGGGCGGAGCGCAUGCCCAGCCUCGAGUCCCACGGGGGCAUGUUCAGCUCCGACUCGGGCAUUGAGAUGACACCCGGCGAGUCCAUCGACGUGGCCAGAAAUCUGCUGGACUCGGAGAAGAUGGAGUCCUCCAACUACAUGGACAUCAGCGGCGGGGAGGAGCACCUGCGUGAGCAACAGCGCCCCCUAGACACCUGGACGGAGACAGGAGCGACAGGCUUGGGCCGUUACCUGGAGAAGGGCCCCCCGGAGGUGGAAACCCUGGGCCCCGCGCUGGACUCGCACGCCUUCCCCUACGUGGAGGAUCCGUCGGAUGAGGAGUUGUCGGACACGCCGCGGACUGCCAGCCCGGUGAAGAUCACCCUGACGGACGCGGGCCCGAGCCCUCGACGUCCCCCGCAGAUCUCUGUAUCCGAGAGGGAGAGCAUCCUGAGCCUGGGCGUGGAGGGCGUGCCCACCGUCACCCUGUCGGAGCCCGAGGAUGACAGCCCUGGCUCGUGCACACCCCCUCUCACAGAGGAGGACUCCCCGUCCGACACGAUGUUCCGGGCCAGCGGGGCGAGGCCCGUGAGCUCAGUCCAGCCCGGAGCCCCCUCCCAGCCCAGCCUCCCGGCAGCUAGGGGAGAGAAGCCCCCCUCCCCCAGACCCCUCCACGCGCACGACCAAGACAGCAGCGCGGAAUCGGGCGACUCCGAGAUCGAGCUGGUGUCAGAUGAGCCACCGCCCCGUGAACAAACCCCUAGCACUGGCUACAUGAGCUUUGGCCACGGGGGGAGCCCCGCCCCUGCCCCGUCCUUACCCACCCCCACCAUCCAGUACAGCAUCCUGCGCGAGGAGAGGGAGGCGGAGCUUGACAGCGAGCUGAUCAUCGAGUCCUGCGAUGCCUCCUCUGCUUCUGAAGAGAGCCCGAAAAGGGAGCAAGACCCCCCGACUCCAAAGGCCCGCGCCGCAGAACCGCCCCCGUCUCCCACCUUCGCCGCCGCACCCACGGGGUCCCCGCUCCGUGCGCCACGGGAGGCGGCUCGCGACGUCUCGAAGAAGGAGGACGCCGUUCCACCCGCAAGGCGUCCCCCACCCGUUGCGGCCCCUCCGGAGCUGCGGGUGGAGCGGCCGGGCCCCGAGGAGCAGGGGCCAAAGAAGGGACCCGCCAAAGAGGGCCGCAGGGACUCGGCGAGGCUCCCGGAGGCUCCGGUGUUCCUGCGCGGCUGGAGCAAGCAGAAAGCCAUGGACCUGCUGUACUGGCGGGACCUGAAGCAGACAGGCGUGAUGUUCGGUAGCGUGCUGCUGCUGCUCUUCUCGCUCACGCAGUUCAGCGUGGUGAGCGUGGGUGCCUACCUGGCCCUGGCCGCCCUCUCGGCCACCAUCAGCUUCAGGGUAUACAAGUCCGUCCUGCAGGCCGUGCAGAAGACUGAUGAGGGACACCCUUUCAAGACCUACUUGGAGAUGGAGAUUUCCCUGUCCCAGGAGCAGAUCCAGAAGUAUGCUGACAUGGCCCAGCAGUAUCUCAACUGCACCCUGAAGGAGCUGCGUCGGCUCUUCCUUGUACAGGACCUGGUGGACUCGCUCAAGUUUGCAGUGCUGAUGUGGCUGCUGACGUACGUGGGGGCGCUUUUCAACGGCCUGACUCUGCUCAUCCUUGCUGUGGUGUCCAUGUUCACCAUGCCUGUGGUGUAUGAGAAGUACCAGGCCCAGAUUGACCAGUACCUGGGACUAGUAAGGACUCACGUCAACUGUGUGGUGGGAAAGAUACAGGAGAAGAUCCCAGGAGCCAAGCGGAAGACUGAGUAGGCCUGGCACCCAGGGACAAGCUACAGGCUGGGCGAUGGUUUGAGGGUCCACGCGUCACCGGAGGUUGUAGUGGGAAGCGUUUUGCGAGCACCGCGGCAUGCCGGAGCACAGCGUUGCGGAGCGGCCUGGCGAGGCCACCCACCCCAAGAACUGUAGAGUAAACCCACCUCAUCACUCACGCAACCACUCGUGUCCAGUGAGGAAAAAAAAAAAAAAUAGAUGUUUCUUUUGUGUUAAAGUGCAUGAAGAGUCUUGAGUAAUAUUUGAUAGUGUUUCUUUUUCCCUGCUACUCUCAGCAGCGCUGAUGGAUUUUUACUGUACAUGUAUGGCAUAGGUCCUCCUGCAGUAGUGCUCAGCUGCCAUAGGUAAAUCUGCUUCAUGUCACUCGGCUCCCGCUGGAGCUUCUCUCAGUAUAUACAUACAUACAUAAAUAUCAAAUAGACUUGUGGACUAAUUUUUCUGGUGUUUUCCAGCACACAUGUUUAAACAAUGUACUUACUAGAUAUGGUAACUGUAGCGGUUGUUUUUGUAUUACUCUAAGGAACUACACAGACUCAUGUUUUUAGGUACUGCUGUUGAACUAAAAAAAAAAAAGAUGGGGGGAAAUGGAAUCGUGAAAUGCCGC